UUGUGUAACACUUUGUAUUUGUAUCCUGUCUUUCUACUGUGACCCAUGUCCGACGGCAGGUACGCACGGGAAUCCUCCGUCUGUCCACCAAGUUCAUGGGCACGUGUACGCUGAUACAGGCCGCACUGCCGCGAAUCCUGAACGACGUGCCUGAGGAAUUCUUCGACAAGACCAAAAAACAUCUCGAGGAAACGUCAUCUGUGAUGUUUGAACGCUUGUCAGCAAUACCGUGCCUGAAGCCUAUCAAACCUGUCGGUGCUAUGUACAUGUUGGUUGGUAUAGACAUGGAGAAACUGGAGGGCAUGAAGGAUGAUCAUGACUUCACAAGACAACUAAUGGCCGAAGAGUCCGUGUUCCUCUUACCAGCUAGUGUUUUCCUAUAUCCAAACUUCUUCCGCGUCGUACUUCUUGCCCCGGUUGAGCUGAUGGUUGAGGCUACCGAGCGUAUCAGCGUCUUCUGUCAGAGGCACAUGCGCAAGGAGUCGAGUUAAUCAUUGUACUCGUCUACGAUGACAUCGCGGCGGCAUUGUUGUCUUCCUAUGAUGACGUCAUCGUGCUCGUCGAUGAUGGUGGCAUCGCGGUGUCACCGAUUGGUGUGAUGCUCUUCUUCCUAUCACGAUGACAUCAUGGCAUGGUAUUCUUGCUAUGAUGACGUCGAUGACGUCAUCAUGUUCUUGUUAUGAUGACAUGAUUGUAUUCUAUUGUGCGGAUGUCUAGGUUAGGUUUUUUUCUCAAGGUGUGCUAGAUUGUAGAUACGUGGUGUUUUCUGUUAUGCUGUGCUAGGACCUAGUCGCUGUACUGAGUGAGUACUUAGAAUGAUGAAGUAAUAGUUACGCUGUGCUGCAAAGCUCGUCUCCGCACAGGUGCGACGACGCGGUGUUGGGUGGUGUGUUGAUGUACUUCGGCACAUUUUUCCACUCGCACCGUACCCCUAGGUUUUCUGUUUAAUCGGCUAGGUUUUGGUACAAUGGCAGUGGGCGUGCGUGCCUUUAUUAUCUAAACCCCCUCAGUUCCGAAAUAUUUCACUUUUCUAACUGUCUGACCUGGCUGUUCAAUGUAUUUGAUUUCAGAGUUUUAUGUCAGAUUCCAUUCAAGAAUUAUUAUCCUGAUA